AUGUCGAAUUCGUCAGGGAGCCGCAUACACCCACUUCAGUACAUGCAGGAAUCUGCCCUUAUGGAAGCAGUCAAUCAAGGGUCUCCUGAGAGUUGGAUUUGGCAGGCAGGACUCAGGCACCCAAAUGAAAAAAGCGUGUUUUGUGGUGGAGUACUGAUAAGCCCCUCUUGGGUACUUACCGCCGCACACUGUGUUUUUUACAUGAAGGACAUGGCACCAACACCUUUGAUUGAAGUCAUCGUCGGCGAAAGAGAUCUCAAGUACAAAGAUGGCCUGGCAACAAACGCGACCGAAGUUUUCAUUCAUGAGAAUUAUGAUAGUAGCACUCAAGACUACGACUUUGCAUUACUGCGGCUUGGCGAUCCGAUUGAACCGAGUCCGUUACAGUACAUUCACCCGGUGAAGCUCCCCUCCGAGGAUUUGGACUUCGAGUCUGGAACGAUCUGCUUUGUUUCUGGAUAUGGAAUUCCAAAGGCCGGAAGCAAUGUGUUUGCAAAGCUGGUGAUAGUCAAAGUGCCGAUUGCAAGCCAGAGAGCAUGUAAAGCUGUGUAUAGAGAUCAUAUCAUCACACCAAGGAUGUUUUGCGCAGGGUUCGAAGAGGGAGGUGGUGACGCUUGUCAGGGGGAUGGUGGAGGACCACUGGUCUGUAAGAGUGAAUUCAGCUGGUAUUUAAAAGGAGUCGUGAGUUGGGGGCAAGGAUGUGCUGUACCAGGCAAAUAUGGCGUUUAUGCUAACGUAAAGACAGUUUUGGGAUGGAUACAACAAACUACG